AUGGGUCAAACCACAGGAAAAUUAAUCACCUAUACAACUCCAACCGGUUGUCCCGUAGAACAAUAUGAUGAUGAUGAUGAAGUCUGGGACACUUUUCAUUCAGCAAAAGAUACGCCCGAGACUUCGGAAACUCAGCACUCCCAGUGCAAUGUAAACGAAACUGGUGAAGAAGGAGAGAAUUACACGUGGCAUCUGACAAUCAAAGAGGUCCCGGUGUUGUUGGGACAUCCUGAACCACUCGUAGAGGAUCCCAUUGAAAGAAUCGAACUGCAACAAGGUUUAUUGAAAAAGGAGUGUGACUCCGACAGACCCCGAUCAAGUACCCUUAUCAAAAAACAUGACGGUGAGUGA